AAGGACACGAGCUUACCGCCUCUCUGUCUCUUUAACGGAAACACGAAGCAGCUCGUGAGCCAAAACUUUUCAGUGAACUGCUGACAGAUUCCAGCUCAAACAUCGGUAAAACCUUUGGCUUGUCAUCAUGGCAACCAGUACCAAAUGGGGGGCGGUAAAGGACCAGUUGACCAGAGGCCCCGCCACAGUCACUGACGGCAAGGUGGAGGCCAAUCUGGAGAACGCUGACCCCGAGCUCUGCAUCCGACUUCUGCAGGUUCCCACAGUGGUGAACUACUCGGGUCUGCAGCGGCGGCUGGAGGCGAGUAAUCGGUCAUGGAUGGUGCAGUUCCUGGAACUACAGGGUUUGGACCUCCUGCUGGAGGCGCUGGAGCGUCUGUCAGGCCGCGGCUGUGCCCGCAUCGCCGAUGCUUUGCUGCAGCUCACCUGCGUCAGCUGCGUCCGGGCCAUCAUGAACUCAUCCGCAGGGCUGCAUUUCAUCCUGGACAACGAGGGCUACGUCAGGACGCUGGCUCAAGCUCUCGACACGUCCAAUGUCAUGGUGAAGAUGCAGCUGUUCCAGCUGCUGGCUGCUCUUGCCGUCUUCGACCCUCGGGGACACCACCUCGCCCUCGAUGCGCUCGACAACUACAAGAGCCUGAAGAAGCAGCAGUAUCGCUUCAGCGUGAUCAUGAACGAGCUUCACGCCACCGACAACAUCCCCUACAUGGUGACGCUGCUAAGUGUGGUCAACGUCCUCGUGCUGCAGGAGGAGGAGCUGAGGAGGAGGCACCGGGUGCGGCAGGAGUUCAUCGGUCUGCAGCUGCUGGACCUGCUCCCCAGGCUCAGGGAGACGCAGGACAAGGACCUGAACAUCCAGUGUGACGUGUUUGAAGACUCUCUGUCGGAGGACAUGGAGGAGAUGGAGAGGCUGUACGGAGGGAUUGAUAUGAGCAGCCACCAGCAGGUCUUCACAAUGCUCUACACCAUGGUGUCCAGCCAUCCGUCCUCCGUGCAGCUGCUGUCCAUCCUUCAGGCCUUGUUGCUGGUGGGUCCGGACAGAUCUGAGGUCUGGUGUGCUCUGGAGCUGCUGACGGAUCGAGCCACCCUGCUGGCUCAGGAUGCUGAGAUAGACUCUGCAGAUCACCUGCUGGAGAAGCUCCUCCCCCGAAAGACUUACUCAGCCAAUCUUACCAUCGACAGGGCGGUCCAGACUAGACUACCAGACAGUCCUCCCAGCCAAUCAGAGGCACUCACCAAAGAUGCUCCGACAGCCCCCACCGCAGCAGCACUGCCUCCGGCUCCUCCCACUUCCUAUGCCCCCCCUCUACCUUCUCCCUUACCCGGUGCUAUGACUCUUCCCCUUCCACCCCCUCCACCGCCGCCCACACCCUUGCCUGGUGCUAUGGCUCCUCUCCCUCCACCCCCUCCACCCCCACCCUUACCUGGUGCUAUGGCUCCUCCCCCUCCACCCCCACCCUUACCUGGUGCUGGACCUCCACUCCCCCCCUCUCCUCCAGGUGACAUCAGAGCUGAGACAGUUCAAAGUCUGGGCAGGUCAUAUAGCAGCGCCGCCCCUAAUUCAAGCCACACCCCCUACCCAACACUGCGGAUGAAGAAGCUGAACUGGCAGAAACUUCCGUCCAGACUGGUGUCAGGCCACGAGUCUCUGUGGACGUCGACAUCUUUGGACUCCAUGGAGCCAGAUUACUGCAGCAUCGAGCAGCUCUUCAGUCUCCCUCCGACUGAGACCAAGACCAGAACCAAGUCAAAGACUGAGCCCAAAGGGGUGUCCUUCAUCGACGCCAAGAAGAGCCUUAACCUCAACAUCUUCCUCAAGCACUUCAAAUGUUCCCACGAGGACUUUGUGGAUCUCAUCCGAAGAGGAGACCGAUCGAAGUUUGAUGUCGAGGCCCUGAAACAGUUGAUCAAACUCCUCCCAGAGAAACAUGAGGUAGGGAACCUGAAGUCUCAUCUGGCAGAGCGGGACAAGUUGGCAUCAGCAGAUCAGUUUUACCUGCAGCUUAUGGAUCUGCCCAGUUACUCUCUGAGGAUUGAGUGUAUGUUGCUGUGUGAGGAGAGCAGCUGUGUGUUGGAGACUAUGAGGCCCAGAGCUGAGCUGCUGGACCGUGCCUGCCAGAGUGUGAAGGAGAGCGCUCGGCUGCCAGUCUUCUGUAAACUAAUCCUGAGUGUCGGAAACUUUCUUAACUAUGGAACUCACACGGGGAACGCUGAAGGCUUUAAGAUCAGCACUCUGCUCAAACUGACCGAAACCAAAGCCAACAAGUCGAGAGUCACGCUGCUGCAUCACAUCCUGCAGGAGGCUGAAGAGAAUCACUCCGACCUGCUCAACCUGCCCGAUGACCUGGAGAUCUGUGCAAAGGCUGCUGGGCUCAGCUUGGACUCUAUUCAGUCUGAAACAAACACUCUAAGCAAACGGCUGAAAAACUCAGAGAAGAGCGUUUCCUCCUCAUCUGACGACAUGAAGGAGCAGUACCUGUCCACCAUACAGGAGAGCCUACAGGCUGUCGAGCAGCUGCAACUGCUGCUGUCAUCUGUGGAGGAGCAGAGGAAGCACCUGUCCGUCUACCUCUGUGAGGACAGCAGCAGCUUCUCCCUCGAAGAGCUCUUCAGCACCAUCAAGACCUUCAGAGACCUGUUCCUCCGAACCCUCAAGGAAAACGAAGGUCACAGGGAGCAGGAGAAGAGGAGGAAGAGGCUGGAGGAAGAGAGGAAACUGAGAGGAGAAGCCCCCACCAGAAAGAUCAUUAGGACAGACACGGCCAAUCGGGACGAAGGAUGCAUUGUCGACAACCUGCUGGCUGAGAUCAGGAAGGGCUGCAGGCUGAGGAAGAUAAGGCCACGGGCAGAGCCGGACGGUGGGGUCGAAGGUCAGCCUGGGGUCACGCAGAUGUCACCGGCCCAAGACAAGCCAGAUUUGCCCGAGAAGCCUCGGGAGGAGGUCCGGACUCUCACACAUCCACCUGCUGGAACCAGACCAGAACCGGAGCCGGCAGAGCCCGACAGAGCUGCCUCAGAGCUCCAGGCCCUCGGCGAACCCCCCGCUGCUGAGGUCCAGGGUCCGGAGUCUGAAGUGGACACUGGACCGGCGCAGCAGGAAGUCCAGCACACAGCAGCUGGUCAGCAGGAUGUGACCCAUGUGAACAGGAGCAAAGAUUCUAACCCGGAAGAUUCUGCUCCCCAGAACACAUCGAACACCUUAGACACCAGCCCGGCAGAAGGCACUGGUCACACAGGAAGGAAACGUUCGAAGAAAAAGAAAAAAUGCAUCCUUCAGUGAGGACUUGUUUCUGUGGCGACAGGACUGGACCUGCAGGGGAACACAAUCACAAAGGAGGAGGAAGCAGCAAGAAUUCUGGGCAGAGCUUCCUGUGGCUGACCGAUCUAACCCUCGCUCACCUCUCAGUGGCGCCGAAGUGACUGCGUCCGUUUGUGAUGUCAGCAAGGUUUCUGUGUGCACUUCCUGUCAGGUGGAGGCGCUGCUGGUCUCUGAGCUCAGGUGGUCUGAUGUGGGUGGGGCUCAGAAAGCAAAGCAAAGAAACUCUGGCCAGGUUAAUGCCGCCUGCCUGCUCACCUGGUUUCCUGCAAAAGACCUUUCAGAAUAAAAGCCUCGCAUUGUUCCCCUGCAGGUGUUCAGGUUUUAGACUUCUCUGUUCUUAUUGUUGAGGAAAUGUU